AUGAUUCAACAAGCGAAGACGAAAUUCAGCGCUUUAGAGUUACAAAGGACUUCAUUGGAUGCACUUAAAAGGGAGCUUCUUAUGCUAAGAGAAAAACAGCAUUCCCGCAAACAAACUCUCGUCCAUGAACUUACAUCUGCGACAGACUUGCUCUUUGGUCAGGCUGUCGUCUCAAUUGAGAAGGCACAGACUAUCGUCUCCUUCGUCUCGGAUGAGAUAAAGAAGAUUUUUGAUAGAGGAAACGAAAUGGUUAACACGUUGUCGAACUGGCGACUCGUGACUCUUGUGAAGGCAACCAGUCUGGACUGGGUGAAUGUAAGUUUAAACCAGGUUGCAUUUUCAACUUUUGAUAGUUUAACUGAGAAGCAGAGCAUCAAGCGGCGCCAUGAGAAGUUGAAAUGGACCAUCUACAUUCUCUCGACCAACGCUGAAAGCAUUUUACUGCUAAAUUAA